AUGUCGUGUUUACUUCGGUUCGGUGUUGUGGCGGAUGUGCAGUACGCCGACAACGAUGACCGUCAGGCGUGGUAUGACUCAACCAAAACCAGAUAUUAUCGAAACUCUUUAACUCAAGUGAAGAAAGCGUUCACUCAUUGGAAUUGUGAAGAAAAGCGCGACAAAGGGAUCAGUUUUGUGCUUCAAUUGGGAGAUAUCAUCGAUGGUAUCAAUGCUCAGACCCGAGAGUAUCACGACUCCAGCGCUGAUGCCAUUCGCAAAACACUUAAUGAAUUUGAAUCCAAUCAACACAUCCCUACCUUUCAUGCCGUCGGAAAUCAUGAAUUGUAUAACUUUUCGCGCAAACAAUUGGGACAACUCUUUAGAGAUUCUCUAUUCAAGCGAAUGAAACUGAGCUCCGAAUCGAUUGGUUUGAAUGGUUUAGAAGUUUUGGCAGAAAAUUCGGAUGAAUUGUCGCUUUACUAUAAAGUGAAUCCAAUUUCUCGGCUAAAACUUAUAUCAUUGGAUUGCUUUGAUAUCAGUGUUUUGGGACACGAGUCCAAUCACGAGAAAUACAUAAUGGCUGCCGAAGAGUUGUUCCGACAUCACGGACGACAUGAUUGGGAUCUAUGGGAUACCGACGACCACUUAGUGGGUCCUAACAAACGGUUUCAGUCUUCAAACGGCGCUAUAAGUGAAGAACAGCUAAAUUGGUUGGAAAAAGAGCUGCAAGAGUCGGACGAGAAGAAUGAAUUGGUGAUAGUCUUCGGUCACGUGGGUCUAAACCCGGACAGUAGUGACUGGAAUACCGUUAUGUGGAAUUACGAUGAAGUGAUGGCUUGUUUUGACAGACACUCAUCGGUGGUGGCAUAUCUAAGUGGCCAUGCUCAUUCUUCCGGUUACGCGUACGCCAAUGGCAUUCAUUAUAUCUCAUUCCACGCCAUUAUUGAGACGCCGCCCGAAACUGAAGCGUUCGCCACAAUC